UCAUUGUGCAUCACAAGAAUUCAAGUCCAAAUGUGGACCAGACAACCGUAAUUUCCUUCUUCAUUUUUAAAAAGGGAAGUGAAACCUCCAGUAUUUGAUAAAACAGUACGUGUGGUGAGGGAGAAGCUCAUUACAUCCUCACUUGAGGACAUUGUUAACAAUAGCCUACACAUGUGUGGUCUGUUUUGCUUUUGCCUCUGGAUCCUGAUCCGAGUGUCCUUCAGCACCAGAGUCACUGGCCUCAUUGGGCACAAUGUCACUUUGACAUGUAGGUAUGAUGCCAAAACCUAUGGAGUCCUGAGUUUUUGUUGGGGCAAAGACAGGGUGCCCACAUCCAAAUGCUCCAACACCAUCCUCUCCUCCACCGGUGAGGCUGUGUUUUACAGAGGGUCCUCCAGGUACCAGCUUUUGGGCCGAGUGACAAAUGGAGAUCUGUCGCUGACCAUCCUCAAUGCUCAGAGGGAAGAUGCUGGGGUGUAUGGCUGCAGGGUUGAGAUUCCUGGGUGGUUUAAUGACCACAAGGUCAACAUUGAACUGAUCAUAGAAGAAGGUGCGUUGGAACAACCUGUUACACAGAGCUACACAAUAACUACUGCUGGAACAACAGGUGCUACAGAAAUACUGACAGUGUCGGCAUCUGAAAGCGUGGAAGUUGGUCACCAACAAAUGGACGCAGUUCAAAGUGAAACAGAUCAGGUGAAUUUCUUCUCGAACAUUGGGAACAUUGGCAGGAUGGCAGGUCUUUUAUUGCUCACCAUAAUCAUAAUCCUCUGCUUUAUUUUCCGAAGGAUGUUCCUGAUGAAGGAGGCACUAAAACAUCACAACUCCAUAACUGCUGAGAAUGUUUAUGAGAGCAUCGCGAUGACAUAAUGCUGUUGAUCAAAAAUAAGACACCAGAUUUCUACAGUAUAAGGAACUUCUGGCUGCAGAAGUGGAUGCCUGACGUAUGUCUAACCUUCCCAUUUCUGGAGCCUCUGCUUAACUAGUUUCCAGUUAAGCAGGUAACAGGAGUCACUACAAAGAUCUCACAGAGAAGGGUGCAUUUGUUUCACAAAUUGCAAAAAGAACCUAAAGAUUAAUUAAUGUUUGCAUUUACACUUUCUUACUACCCAGAAGAGUUUUGGAUUGUCUGUACUUGCAGACACAAUGCCACCUACUGGCCCUACUGAGCAAUAACAAGCAAAUGUGAAAAACAAGUUUGUUAGGUAUAACAGCAAUAUUAUCUGAGUAUACACCUCUCAGCUAUAAUUUAAAAAACUUUUGCAUGACAUGGCUCAAAUGAACUGUGACACAGGUGUUUAGUGAUAUGAAAAAUAUGUACUGUACUAUAUGUUAUAUAAGCUUUUUAACCACUGAAUAAUGUAAAAAUGGAAGAUGAUUUGAGAAAGAACCUUUACAUGCCAAGACUAAUUGUUUAUGGUUUAUUUAUUUCUCUCUAAGUCGUGUCUCUGAGUCAUUUAAAAAGUCUUGUGUAUGCUCUGUUACACUGUAUUAGCAAACUGAAUAAAUGUAAUUACCUCUACCUCAUUAUAAAUCUCCUUUAAAUGCUUUUCUCUGGAAGCCAAAAGUUAUUAAACACAAACCUGAAUAAUGUU